CGGGAGCCCCGGAGCCCGGGAGCCCGCGAUGGCCCGCGGGGACUCGGAGCAGGUGCGCUACUGCGCGCGCUUCUCCUACCUGUGGCUCAAGUUCUCGCUCGUCGUCUACUCCACCGUGUUCUGGCUCUUUGGGGCCCUGGUGCUGUCCGUGGGAAUCUACGCUGAGGUGGAGCGGCAGAAAUACAAAACUCUGGAAAGUGCCUUUCUGGCUCCUGCCAUCAUCCUCAUCCUGCUGGGGGUGGUCAUGUUCAUCGUCUCCUUUGUGGGUGUCCUGGCAUCUUUGCGGGACAACCUAUGUCUCCUGCAGUCGUUUAUGUACGUCCUUGGGAUUUGCCUCAUCAUUGAGCUCAUUGGUGGCGUGGUGGCCUUGAUCUUCCGGAACCAGACGAUCGACUUCCUGAACGACAACAUCCGUAGAGGGAUAGUCAACUACUAUGAUGACCUGGACUUCAAGAACAUCAUGGACUUCGUCCAGAGGAAAUUCAAGUGCUGUGGCGGCGAGGACUAUCGAGACUGGAGCCAAAACCAGUACCACAGCUGCGACGCCCCUGGACCUCUGGCCUGUGGGGUGCCCUAUACCUGCUGCUUCCGAAACACGACAGAGGUCGUCAACACCAUGUGUGGCUACAGGACCAUUGACAAGGAGCGUCUCAGCGUGCAGGACGUCAUCUAUGUGCGGGGCUGCACCAACGCAGUGCUCAUAUGGUUCAUGGACAACUACACCAUCAUGGCCGGCCUCCUGCUGGGCAUCCUACUCCCCCAGUUCCUAGGGGUGUUGCUGACAUUCCUGUACAUCACCCGCGUGGAGGACAUCAUCUCCGAGCAUUCAGUUACCGACGGGCUCCUGGGACCCCGCGGCAAGGCCAGUGUGGACGCAGCGGCCCCGGGGUGCUGCAUGUGUUACCCCAACUAGGGCCAGAGGGAUCCGCAUCCUGGACUGUGUGUGCUAGGGCGUCCGUGGGAGUCGGAGCCU